AGAGGGUUAAUAUGUAUGACGUCAUGGUCUCCCAUGCUCCUUGCCGUGGUCGUUUGCAAGAAACGGACAGGUCAUUGCAGGUUUUGUGAGCUCACCGUCUCCUUUAAAAACCCCUCCAAAACCUGCCAUAGUGCCAGAAAGAAAAAGAGAGAGAGAGAGAGGUGAAGAUAAUAAGGAGAAGCAUGGGCUCUAAGGAUCAAAAGAGAGCAGCUCUACAUGAAAAGUUGCAUCAACUUCGCUCUGUGACCAACUCCAGUGCUGUGAACAAGGCAUCAAUUCUCGUAGACGCGUCUAAGUAUAUAGAGGAUCUGAAGGAAAAAGUGGAAAGACUGCACCAAGAUGUUUCUACUUCAAAAAAUUCAUUACCAAAGGUUACUGUGGAAACCCUAGAAAAGGGCUUCCUUAUUAAUGUGUUUUCAGAAAAGAAUUGUCCAGGUUUGCUUGUCUCAAUACUUGAAGCAUUUGAGGAGUUGGGCCUUGAGGUGCUUGAUGCUAGGGUUUCCUGUUCGGAGAGUUUUCGUCUAGAAGCAAUAGGAGGCGAAGUAAGAGAGUAACUUUCUUCUUAAAUUACCUCUGUGUUUUAGGUUUCUUUAUUGCUUGGUCCAAUCAACUACAUCAUAAAUCUGUGUACAACUCAAGUACUUGAAUAAAUAUAUGUCAGAAUUCUUAGAAGCAAUAUGUAGGGGGCAUCUGCUAAUUUUUUCUGUCAUUUUUUUUUAAUGCAAAACAAUAAAAACAUAAACAUGUUUAUGUAUUUAUUUUUUCGCUCUCGAUAAAAACAUUAGAUGUUCGGUAGACACAUGUGACAAUGGA